UUCAGCAUGUUGGUGUCUGGAGGGAUUGCUGCCCGGGUGUACAAGGACAGGCUGAAGGCGGAAGGCAUGGGUUCCAACGACAAGGCACUGAAAUUUUUGAACCAGGACUACGACGCCCUGAAACAGCAAUGUGUGGAGAGUGGCAUUCUUUUUGAAGAUCCCAUGUUCCCUGCUGCUGCGACGUCUUUAGGCUUUAAAGAGCUCGGGCCCCACUCGUCCAAAACUCGGGGAGUCACUUGGAAGCGACCCACGGAACUUACUGAUAGCCCUCAGUUCAUUGUUGGUGGUGCUACAAGAACUGACAUCUGCCAAGGAGCACUGGGUGACUGCUGGCUCUUAGCUGCAAUCGCAUCUCUCACGCUGAAUGAUAAGUUACUGCAUCGUGUAGUUCCCCAUGGGCAGACAUUUGAAGGAGACUAUGGUGGAAUAUUUCACUUUCAGUUCUGGCAAUUUGGAGAAUGGGUAGAUGUGGUUAUUGAUGACAGAUUGCCAGUAAAGGAUGGAGAGCUGGUGUUUGUCCACUCUGCAGAAGGGAAUGAGUUCUGGAGUGCCUUGGUAGAAAAAGCUUAUUCCAAGUUGAAUGGGUCUUAUGAGGCGCUUUCUGGAGGCAGUACAACUGAAGGGUUUGAGGAUUUUACAGGUGGUGUCUCAGAGAUGUAUGAAUUACGCCGUGCACCAAAAGAUCUGUUCAAAAUUAUUCAGAAAGCCCUGGAUAGGGGCUCUCUGAUGGGCUGCUCAAUUGAUAUCUCUAGUGCCUUUGAUAUGGAAUCUGUGACAUUCAAAAAGCUGGUUAAAGGCCAUGCUUACUCAGUGACAGGAGUUAAAGAGGUAAACUAUCGUGGUGGUACAGAGCGACUGAUCCGCAUCAGGAACCCAUGGGGUCAGGUGGAAUGGACUGGGGCUUGGAGUGAUAAUGCUUCUGAAUGGAAUCAUGUUGAUCCUUCUGAAAGGGAAGAUCUCCAAUUAAAAAUGGAAGAUGGAGAAUUUUGGAUGGCUUUCAAAGAAUUUCUGACACAGUAUUCAAGGCUUGAGAUCUGUAACCUAACACCUGAUGCUUUAACAGAAGACGCUCUUAGCUACUGGAACACAAUCAAAUUUGAUGGCGGCUGGAGGCGAGGCAGCACAGCAGGAGGCUGCAGAAAUCACCCCAACACGUUUUGGAUUAACCCUCAGUACAAAAUCACAUUGCUAGAGGAAGAUGAUGACCCUGAUGAUAAUGAACUUGCUUGUAGCUUUCUGGUUGCCUUGAUGCAAAAAGACAGGCGAAGGUAUAGACGCCAAGGACAGGAUAUGCACACCAUUGGAUUUGCUGUUUAUGAAGUUCCUGAUGAGUACAAGGGCUGCCAGAAUGUCCACUUGAAGAAGGACUUCUUCCUGACACAUGGCUCUUGUGCUCGCUCAGAAACAUUCAUCAACUUAAGGGAGGUGAGCACGCGCUUGCGUCUGCCCCCAGGCGAGUACAUAGUUGUUCCAUCUACAUUUGAACCAAGCAAGGAGGCUGACUUCGUCCUGAGGGUGUUCACAGAAAAACAGUCUGAGACAGAAGAACUAGAUGAACAGGUCUCAGCUGAUCUAGAGGAUGAGGUGGAAAUAACUGAGGAUGAUGUUGAAGACUCCUUUAAAGCCAUGUUCCAGCAGUUAGCUGGAGAGGACAUGGAGAUCAGCGUACAUGAACUUAGAACCAUUCUCAACAGAGUUGUGGGCCGACACAAGGAUUUAAAAACUGACGGCUUCAGCAUGGAGUCCUGCAGAAGUAUGGUCAAUCUUCUGGAUAAAGAUGGCAGUGCUCGUUUGGGAUUGGUGGAAUUUCAGGUUCUUUGGAACAAGAUCAGAAAAUGGCUGGGUAUCUUCAGGCAGUAUGACUUGGACAAAUCAGGAACCAUGAGUUCUUAUGAAAUGCGUCUUGCUCUUGAAUCUGCAGGUUUUAAACUUAACAAUAAAAUAAACCAGGUUCUAGUUGCAAGGUAUGCAGAUAAGGACAUGAUUGAUUUUGACAAUUUUAUCAGCUGCAUAGUGAAACUGGAAGUCAUGUUUAGAUUUUUUAAACACAUUGACACGGAUGGAACUGGCACUGCUGAAAUGACCUUAACAGAGUGGCUGAUGAUGACUAUGUGCGGUUAGAGAAGACAAAGCAGCUAAGAAACGAACCGCCUGUCUACCCUGCAAGUGCCUCCCUGCUACACCACGUCACUCCUGUACCUUGCUACUAACCCAAAGUAAUCUGCGUAACCUUUAAACUUGACAAACGGGACUUUAAGUUGGGGCCUUAUAUUUUCUACAGACAAUUCAGGGCGAUUAAGUGAUUGUUUUGCUGCCAGUAAAUUUGCCUUUCCUUGUAA